AUGCUCAGUCGUCUAGUCGGCUCUAUCCCGCAGCGUGUCGGAAUCCGUGCAGCUUCGUCUGCUUCAAACAAUAUAGUGAGCCAGGCACAAAUUCAAGCCGAACCUUCGAAAAUUUUAUUCAUCGAUGGCGAGCACAAGACAACGUAUGCAGAAUUCGUGAAACGAGCGGGACAGUAUGCCACUGCUCUCACUGAAAAAUAUAAUAUCAAGAAAGGUGACCGAGUAAUGGCCAGAGUCUCCAAGACGACAGACACAGCUGCACUCUACAUCGCGUGUCUUCAAAUCGGAGCUCUCUACAUUCCAGUGAAUCCGGGAUACACAGAAUCCGAAGCUGCUCACUAUAUCAAGGACGCUACACCGUCGCUCUUGGUAACUUGCAACGAAGAUCUCGAUCAGGUUUUCAGAGAUAGAAUCAGUGUGCUCAACGAGAAUAAGCUCGCAUCGGAAGCUGGCAGCUUGAAUGCCUGUACUACAAUCGAACACGUUGAGACAUCAGAUCCAGCUUCAGUUUGCUACACAUCGGGAACCACCGGCCUCCCAAAAGGAGCCAUUCUAACUCAUGGAUCUCUGUCCAAUAACGCCCAUGACAUUGUUCGUGACUGGGGAUUCACCUCGGAAGACCUUAAUCUACAUGCUCUUCCAUUCUAUCACGUUCAUGGUCUCUACUACUCUCUUCAUUGCUCCCUCUUCUCCCAUUCCACUAUCAUCUGGCGGUCAAAGUUUGAAGUUGAAGACUGCAUUAAAUACAUGAAGAAUGCCACUGUUAUGAUGGGAGUACCAACGUUCUUCUCGAGACUUUUGGCAUCAAAGAAUUUCAAAAAGGAUGCUUUUGGAAAUGUAAGAGUGUUCAUCUCAGGAUCUGCUCCAUUGUCUGUGGCUACAAUCGAAGAAUUCAAGGAGCGAACUGGACAAGUUAUUUUGGAAAGAUACGGUAUGACAGAGGCUGGAGUGAUGACUACGAAUCCACUGAAUGGAGUAAGAAAAGCUGGAACUGUGGGACCAGCUGUCAAAGGAGUUGGCUGCAGAAUUGCUAAAAACGGCGGAAUUGAAGUGAAAACCAAUGCAAUUUUCGCUGGAUAUUGGAAAAAUCCGAAAAAGACAGCAGAAGAGUUCACGGAAGACGGAUGGUUCAAAACUGGAGAUGUUGGACAUUUGGACGAGGAUGGAUACUUGACGAUUGGAGGAAGAUCAAAGGAUAUGAUUAUCACUGGAGGGCUCAAUGUUUAUCCAAAGGAGCUUGAAGAUUUCAUUGACACGCUUCCAUUUGUAAAAGAAUCAGCUGUCAUUGCAUCACCACAUCCAGAUUUUGGAGAAGCCGUUGUUGCAGUUGUAGUUCCAGCAGAGAAAGUGACCGAUGAGAAGGAGUUUGAGAAAAAAUUGAUUGGUAUAAUGAAGAAGAAGGUGGCCAAUUAUAAGGUCCCAAAAAGAGUCAUUAUUCUGGAUUCUCUUCCACGUAACCAUAUUACCAAAGUCCAAAAGAACGUUCUUCGAGACAACUACAAGAAACUGUUCGCCUAA